GCAGAAUAUUUGAAAUAGUACACAGCAGACGAAGUCUAAAUAUGAAGAUUUUAUUUUUUUUUCUGCUGAUGUGGACAUUUUAUUUUGGUACAGAUACAAAACGGACAUUGCGAGAAGAAUAUGAUAACAGACCUUUUGACAAGACAAACACAAAGGCAUGGUCAGACAAAGGUGUAGUCAAAGCGAUUGGGGAGGUGAGGCGUAUUGGCAAUUCCAAAAUUGUGUCUGUAACGUGUCGUCUAGACCCCACCAAAUUUAAGAUGGUGAAAUUUAUCGUAUGGUGGGUCAUGUUGUGGCGACCCAAAACCGCUAAAACUUACGGUCUCAUUGCAGCUUCAGACUUGAACGAUAUGCCUGUCAUGGGUAGAAAUAACCUAAGAUGGGAGAAAAGGAACAAUCUUGUGACCAAUCUGAAACCUCAUUUAGUAUGUGCUGUCGAAAACAUGAACUCGGAGAUAUACAUGAAACGAAACAACAGGGAUGAUUACCUGCGCAUGUACUUUAUCAUGGAUAAGUGCGACCCCCCGGGGGUGUUCCGCUGUGAGGCGUUGAUCAGGACGCAUAACAAUCCACGGGCAGAAAUGCCUAUUCGUAGAGAAUUCGAUGCCGAAACGACUAAGGAAGGAAAAGUGGAAUCAACGUGUGAAAAGAAUCAAUUUAAGGACCUCGCUCGAAACUUCAUGGAGAUCUAUGACUCCCUACCCGGGUUUUACAUGGAUUCAAUGGAACAUGCUUUUCUCAUGACAGAUGAGGAAAAGGGAGACCCGAAGAAGUGGCGAAGCGAGGGUGGAUACACAAAAAUGCACGCCAAAUUCAUCGAGGAUAAGGAAAAGAACAUGAAAUAUAUGGAGUUAACAUGUAAAGUUAAUAUUAGGAAAAUAAAAAAAACUGUCGACUCUGUUGAAGCAUUCUACAUUUUUUACCAGCCCGACGAGGAGUGGCCCAAUGCACGGAUACUGCUCGCCGGACUGUUGAGAAUUAAGGGAAUGUGGGCGGAUCCCUACAGAGUCCGGAUGUUUCCGGAGCUGCGCAUGUUACUGGAUAAACACAAAGGCAUGGCCUGGAGGGGGAAUUUAGGCAAUGGAAAAAAGGCAACAUUUACAAUUGUUGUACCAUUGAAGUUAUGCCAAACUCUAAAGGGAGCAUUCCAGUGUCAGGCGGCGGUGGAAGCCCCGAAUUUGUCUAAAAAGAAAAUAACGAUGGUCAGAGGAUGGCUUAAAUUAGGAGACACCCCAUUUUCAACUGGCAGCAAGAAAUGCAGACUAGAGAAACUUAAAGGCAAAUCAGUUUUAUGUCGUAACUUCUUCCCUUAUUUUUAUAAUUUAUUUCAUUUAAUAUGUUAUCUACACACCUGUAUAAUGCAAGAAGUAGAGAUAAAAAAAAAAUGCUAUAUAAAAUCAAUAUGGUUUACUUUAUAUGAGUAGCUAUUGUUUAAGUAACCACUGCACACAUGUAUGUUUAACACUCCAAGCAAUGUAUAUUGUAUAUAUUGUUUUGUGAGGUACUAAACACAAGUAUAUGUGAGGUUUCUUGAUGUUAAUUUACAGUAUAUUUUCAAUGACGGUUCAGGUAACCGAACCAGAACAAGUGGGGGCCGUGCCGUCAUACGGUUAGUGAACAAGAAAGAGAAGGAGGGGUUCUUCGGGGAUCGUGCCAUCAUUGGCGGCAUUUGUGGCAUCAUUGUGUUGGGGGUGGCAGGAUG